AUGGAAAAGUACUUGAAGCCUGAGAGAUUUAACGUGGAACCAACCUCUAUUUCUGCGGACAAGCAAUGGACACAUUGGAAACGGACAUUCUCAAACUUUUUGAACAACUUUAGAGAUGCAACGGGGGAAAAUAAGUUACAACUACUAACAAACUACUUGGCCCCGAAAGUAUAUCAGUAUAUUAGCGAAUCUGGAACAUUUGAGAAUGCCAUCGAUACUUUAGAAUCAUUGUAUGUAAAACCUAGAAAUGAGAUCAAUGCUAGGCAUUGUUUAGCCACGAGACGGCAACUCGCUGGUGAAUCCGUAAACCAGUAUCUACAAUCUUUAAGACAAUUAAGUAAGGAUUGCAAUUUAAAAAAUGUUACUGCUGAGCAGAAUAAGAACGAAGGUUACUUGAGAACACUCACUCUAGAUGCUGCUUAUGACCAAGCUCGAGCCUUAGAAAUGGCUGAGCAAUACUCUGCAUCGUAUUCUGGCCUAUCCAGUACAAUUGCUGCCUCGACCAAGGAAACUGGUGAUCAGGACCCGAAGGCUCUCGAGGCAACUACGGCUGGGGCAUUGAAAAGCGGAAAGUGCUAUUUCUGUGAGAGAGAAAAUCAUCCCAGAACGCAGUGUCCAGCGAGAAACGUGGAAUGCAGGGCUACACCUAAUACGACAGCGUCUACUGGCACUCUAGCGUCCCUUACAGCAGAACCUAGCUGUCUUCAAAAAUCUAUAGUGGACAUUAAGGUAAACGGAACAAAGUUAAACGCUCUGAUAGACACGGGAAGCUUUCUGAGUUUCAUCAAUUAUUCUCUCAUAGGAAGAUGUAGAAUAGACCCGCUACCAUACCUUGGCAAGAUCACGAUGGCAAAUUCCUCUUUAUCGUCAGAGAUAGUAGGACGAUGUAUAGCAGAUGUGGAAAUAGGAGGAAAUAUCAAAGAUGUUACGGUAUUAGUAAUGAAAGAUCUCUGUUCGGACGUUAUAAUUGGCCACGAUAUCUUACAACGUCACUCUUCGGUAAACAUAGUUUUCAAGGGCCCGUUACCCUCUCUCAAAAUCUGUAGUUUGGCGAUUGCCAAAGUACGCCCGAUUUCGCUCUUCGCCAAUUUAGAUGUAAAUUGUAAACCUAUAGCCACUAAAUCUAGAAGACACUCUGAAGAAAAUAAUAAGUUUAUUAACCUUGAGAUCAAAAGACUGUUGCAUGAAGGUGUAAUAGAGCCUAGUAACUCUCCAUGGCGCGCACAAGUUUUAGUCGUGAGAGAAGAAAAUCAUAAAGAAAGGAUGGUUGUUGACUACUCACAGACGAUAAAUAAGUUCACAAUGUUCGAUGCGUAUCCUCUCCCGAGGAUUGAAGAAAUAAUCGCUAAGGUCUCGGCGAAUGAGGUCUUCAGCAUUAUAGAUCUCGAGAGUGCCUAUCAUCAACUGCCGAUCUUAGAUUCCGAAAGAAAAUACACCGCCUUCGAAGCAGGUGGAAAACUAUCAAUUUCUACGUGUUCCGUUCGGAGUGACAAACGGAGUAGCGUGCUUCCAAAGAGUGAUAGACCAAAUCGUGCAAGACGAAGGACUAGAGGAUCCGUCACCUUACUUGGGUAUGUAAUCUCCAAUAAAACGAUUAAACUUGAUCCCGAUCGCCUCCAGCCUUUGCUCAGUCUACCGAUUCCUCAUGAUACUACUUCCCUACGGCGAGUGUUAGGCAUGUUCUCACACUAUUGCAAGUGGAUACCGAGAUUUUCAGAGAAAGUGCGUCCACUACUACUCGAGAACCAAUUUCCGUUAUCGAAUGAAGCAAUAUCAGCGUUUGAGAGUCUGAAGAAUGAUAUAGCCAAAGCAACGAUGGCCGCCGUACAAGACGACGUACCUUUUCGAGUAGAGACUGACGCAUCUGAUUUUGCAAUAGCAGCUACACUAAGUCAAGCUGGCAGACCUGUCGCGUUUUUUUCUAGAACCCUUAACAAAACGGAACUACAACACUCAUCCAUAGAAAAGGAGGCUUAUGCGAUUGUGGAAUCCUUACGCUACUGGAGGCAUUACUUAAUCGGCCGUUAUUUUGAAGUUGUUACAGACCAACGCUCAGUCUCUUUUAUGUUUAACCAACAACAUUCAAGUAAGGUUAAGAACGAGAAAAUUGUAAGAUGGCGUUUGGAACUCUCCUCUUUUAAGUUCGAUAUAAUUUAUCGCCCGGGAAGUGAGAACGUGUCAGCGGAUACUUUUUCUAGAAUAAGUGCCUCCAUGACCUCAGGUAUGAAUCUUAAUGCUUUACAUAUCGCGCUCUGUCACCCCGGCGUAUCUCGAUUAUGCCACUGGAUUCGUAUUAAGAAUUUACCAUUCUCUGUUGAAGACGUAAAGAGAGUUACAAAAGCUUGUCAGGUCUGCGCAGAACUGAAACCACGUUUUUAUAAAACCGAAGGGAAGCUGAUAAAGGCUACCUCACCAUUUGAGAGACUGAACUUGGAUUUCAAAGGCCCUUUACCGACGAAAACUAGGAACCAGUAUAUUCUAACCGUGGUGGAUGAAUUUUCAAGAUUUCCGUUCGCUAUACCAUGUAAGGACAUCAGUUCAACUACAGUGAUACAACAUUUGGCUCAUCUCUUUUCAAUUUUCGGAACUCCUGCAUAUAUACAUUUGGAUAGAGGCGCCUCGUUCAUGUCACAAGAGUUAAAAACGUUCCUGACCUCUCAAGGCGUAGCGACCAGCCGAACGACCCCCUAUAACCCAAGAGGAAACGGUCAAGUAGAAAGAUAUAAUGGAAUCAUAUGGAAGACUGUCAUGCUAGCAUUACGAUCCGGCAAUACUAAAAUAGAACAUUGGGAAGAAGUACUGGAUACUGCACUACAUUCCAUCCGAUCGCUUCUCUGCACAGCAACAAAUUCCACACCGCACGAGAGAAUGUUCAAUCACCCUAGGAGAUCGUUCAAUGGCAACUUGAUGCCAACCUGGUUGACCAGAUCUGGACCAGUUCUAAUGAAGAAACAUGUUCGCGCAAGCAAACAUGAUCCAUUAGUGGAGGAGGUCGAAUUGAUAGAAGCGAACCCGGAAUAUGCGUACGUCAGGCUACAAAACGAUCGGGAGACUACAAUCUCCACUCGGCAUCUUGCUCCUCGAGGAGAAAUCUUGACUAAGGAUGAAGACAGUGAAAUUACUCCCCCUGAACCUCAAUCAUCGGAACUUCGAGAGAAUUUGGUAGAACCGGGCAUCACCGAUCAACUGCAGUCAUCGGAGGAUCAAGAAAAGACUCAACGCCCUGCACGUUCAAGACGCCCUCCUUCUUAUCUGUCUGAUUAUGAAACUGGAUUCUAA